AUGGCAACUUUCACCUUCUCAGUAGUUGACUUGAUGGCCAUUGCGCCCGGAGAAAUGCGAAUCCUCUGGCACUCACAGAGCCCUCCCAAAGUGAAGGUCGAUACGGCCGAGGAUAAGCUCAACAUGGAGCAUCUCCACCUCCGCACGUCGCAGCAGCUGGGAAGGUCGACACGGCGGGGACUCGGAUCCUUCGUGUAUCCGCCAAUCACGACAUUCAACUACUUUCCAAUGGCCGAACAGAAAGAGCCCGCGUGUGAAACAUCCGCUGAGAAGCAGGAUGUUCCCAAAGCCAUGGACGAGGCGGCCGAGUAUCUCGCUCACCACGAGGGCUUUGCGCCUCUGUCCCCUGAAGAAGAGAAGCGAAUGAUUCGCAAAAUGGACUGGAUUCUUCUGCCAAUGCUCUUCAUGACGGCCACUCUCGGGGCUGUCGACAAGGUCGCUAUCAGCACGGCUGCGAUUUACGGACUCAAAACAGACCUUCACCUGGUGGGCCAGCAAUACUCAUGGGCUGGAUCCAUCUUGUCGCUGGGUUCGAUUGUUGGCAUGUGGCCAUCGACAUAUUUUGUACAUCGCCUGCCCUCGGCCAAGUAUCUCACGGCGUGCUCUAUUGGCUGGUCGGUACUGGCACUGCUCAUGCCCACUGCCGGCAAUUGGAGUGGCCUGAUGGCUCUGAGGUUCUUUAUGGGCUGUCUGGAAGCAAUUAUCGUACCGUCGAUUUCUCUUCUUGUCGCUGGCUUCUAUAAAAAGACCGAGCAGCCACCUCGGAAUGCCCUGGUGUUUGCGGCCGCAAGCUCGAUUGUCAAUGGGUUUCUCUCCUGGGCUGUAGGCCACAUCCCAUCCACCGCGCCUCUGGCGAUCUGGCAAUACCUUUUUAUCAUUACAGGCUCAAUAUCCACUCUCUGGUCCAUUAUUGCAUUCAUCUUCCUUCCAGAUUCACCAAUGAAUGCAUUUUUCCUCAACGACCGGGAGAAAUACCAUGCAGUACAACGCCUCGCCGAGAACAAGACCGGCAUCACCAAUAGGCAGUGGAAAUGGGACCAAGCUCUUGAGGCGAUCAUCGAUCCCAAGACAUGGAUCCUGUUUUUCUUCAAUAUCGCCAUCAAUAUCCCAAACGGAGGGCUUACAACGUUCAGCGGCAUCAUCAUCAACAAUCUCGGCUUCACGCCUGUGAACACCUCCCUGCUCAAUAUGCCUACUGGGGUAAUGUCCACGCUCUCUGCGUUUUGCUUUUCCUGGAUUGCCGCAAAAUGGGCCAAUCGCCGCUGUCUAGUGACAAUGCUGGCAUCGUGUGUUCCCAUUAUUGGGGCUAUUCUGGUAUAUACUCUACCUCGGACCAAUAUUGGAGGACAAAUGGUGGGAAUCUACCUGCUGUACACGUAUUUCGGUCCCUAUGUCGUCGGCAUCUCCAUGGCUCAGGCCAACACUGCUGGAAACACCAAGAAAACUGUCCAGUACUCAAUCCUCUAUAUUGGGUAUGCGGUAGGAAACCUGAUCGGUCCUCAGACAUUUCGAGAUGACCAGGCACCGGAGUAUACGGGUGGGUUUAUUGCUAUGCUCGCUUGCUAUUGUAUCUGUGUUUUAUUGAUGGGGGUAUACUGGUUUCUGGCGAUGACUUUGAAUCGUCGACGGGUGGAAGGCAUUGCUCCUCACGAAGGGAAUCCUAAUUCCCAUGGGGAUUUGGUAGAUGCUUUCGCGGACAAGUCGGACUUUCAGCAGAAGGACUUUAAGUAUACUACACUAGCGCCACAGAGUAUCCCCGCGCGCUCUUCCGUUUCUCUCCUUACCACGCCCCCUCCCGAAUUCUUCAAAGGUUCAAUGAAAUGCCGCAACACAAGAAGCAGGAUAUUCGAAGAAGAACCGGUUGUUUCCAGUGCAAAGAGAAACACAUCCGGUGUACUGAGGAACAGCCCCAAUGCAGACGCUGUGAAAGAUUUGGCCUCAAGUGUACAAGGGGUGUCAAGCUUAUCUUCCGGGAGGAUGCUAUUCAACGGGGGAUUCGGUUUGGUCGAGAAGGCUGUCCCUUUGCACCGCUACGUUGGGAAAUGGGUCUUUCUAAACGCGACAUGGGGUGACCUCCAUUCUGGAUUCGGUCCAGAUAAGGGCAGACGCGUCCACGUGGAAAGUGAGGCAAAAUCAGAUCAAGACACUCUCCCAAACAUCACUGUUCCAAUCCACGCGUCUUUCUACCAUCCUCUUUCUUCUUUCUCCCAAACAGAGAGCCAUCUUCUUAACUACUUCAUUCGUGUCAUCGGCCCCAACUGCUCUCUCAGCGAGUCUGACAAUCCCUAUCUCUCUCAUAUCACCCCUCUCUGCUUUUCUUCUUCCCCUCUCCGACACACUCUUCUGGCAGUUGCUGCAAACCAGCUGUGUCUUCUUGGGGAUACUCGCCUUGCAGACCAAACCUGUCAAUUCAAAGACAGGGCACUUCAGGGUCUGAGACAUGCUAUCUCUGCCAACACUCUGGAUGAUGGCACCGUGGCCACAGUGUUGAUGCUCUGUUUUCAAGAUAUAUCUGACGGUUGCUCUCCUUCCUGGAUGACCCACCUGCGGGGUGGACUGCAACUCGUCGACCGCGUCACGCGUGCCUCCAGUCAAAACACUGCUCUGAUGAGGUUCUUCCGGAUGUAUUUUGUUGCUCAUGAUAUCAUGAGCCGCACGGUCUCUGAAAACUGUCUCGAGGAAACAGUCAUAACAUGGCCUGAAACGGAGGACCUUGAGGAGGUCAUGAAAUCUCGCAAUCUUACCCCCACUGAGCUCCAACAAUAUGCAUCUGCCUCUACUGAGAUUGGCACCGCCCUCCUCUCACUAAAGCAAAAUCUACCGAUGCACUCAGCGGGCCGGCAAGACCUUGACCGCAUUGCCAAAAUCAAACAUCUCGUGGCUCUGCUCUAUCUCAACGAGCGUCUCGGCCCAGUUCACCAAACACAGGACAUACCCACCGAGCCCUCGUGGACGCCAUUCAAUUCUGUUGAAAACUGUGGGCGUGGAGGAACAGGAGCGUUGUGGAGGCACAAGCCGCAGGAAAGGAGCACAAGGGUGAAGAAGCACCGUGCAUAUGGGCCAGGUCAUGGUAAAGAAACACCAGCAGACCAUCAUCUACCUACCAAAAUCGAAUCCGAUAUCAACCACAAAACCUGCCUCUGGGCAGACGGACGAUACAAACAUCGUCUUAUCGACUCGAUCAUCCGCUUGAUGUCGACACUACCAGACAUGGCGACUCUGUUGUGGCCACUAUUUGUUUUGGGCCAUGUGGGCCUCGAAAACGAGGACCACCGGCGCUUUGUCUUGGAUCGACUCGCAAAUCUCCAGAAAACACGGAACUUGGGCAGUGUGCGACGGGCUACCGUGGCAGUGAAACAUGCUUUUCAUACGCGUGAUCUCCUGCGUCCUUGUGAUAGGGGAUGGGGCCAUGAGAAAUACCGCUAUAUUAGCUUGGCAUGA